AUGUUUGAAGUGGAUGGGCCCGGUAAGGGGAACAGGAAGAAGCCAUUUGCGCUGGAAACACCUGACCAUAUAGACCCCAGCAAAAUAUCUUUGGAAGAGGUCAUAGGGAAAUUUUUCAAAGUUCCCAAGGAAGAAGCACACAAAAACACCCGUAAAGCCGCCUUUGCAACAGAGAAACCCUUUGAGUGCUUGGAAUGUGGGAAACACUUUGCCACUAGCUCUCACCUUAUCAAUCAUAAAAGGGUCCAUACGGGAGAAAAACCGUAUAAAUGCUUGAGCUGCGGGAAGAGCUUCACCGAGAGAGGAAACCUCCUUAAACACCAGAGGACUCACACAGGAGAGAAACCAUAUGAAUGUUCUGAUUGUGGCAAGGCCUUUGGCAUCAGCUCCCAGCUUAUCAGCCAUAAAAGGGUCCACACGGGAGAGAAACCGUAUGAGUGCUUGGACUGCGGAAAAAGCUUCUGCACCAGUUCUCAGUUAGUACGCCAUAACCGAGUGCACACGGGGGAGAAACCAUAUGAAUGUGCCGAGUGUGGAAAAACCUUCAGUCAGAGGUCGUACCUUGUUGGGCAUGAGAGAACCCACACUGGAGAGAAGCCAUAUAAAUGCACGCAAUGUGGGAAAUGGUUCUCUCAUCGCUCUGACCGCCUGAGGCAUGAGAAAAUCCACACAGGUGAGAAACCACACAAGUGUUUGGACUGUGGGAAAGGGUUCAACCAGAAAGGCUCCCUCAUCACGCACCAGAGGACCCAUACAGGAGAGAAGCCGUACGAGUGUUCUGAGUGCGGGAAAAGCUUCAAUGACAGGGGCUACCUCGUCACGCACAGGAGAACCCACACGGGCGAAAAGCCCUAUGAAUGCACAGAUUGCGGGAAAAGCUUCAGUAGAACUUCCCAUCUUACGGCGCAUAAAAAAACCCACAUAGGGGACAGGCCAUAG